AUGGAUGCAAUAAACCGAACAACGGUGACAGAGUUCAUUUUUCCUGGGUUUUCUGGUGUUCUCUCUCUGCGCCUCACUUUGUUUGUGAUGUUUCUCGCUGUCUAUCUGCUCUCCCUCAUGGGAAACACCCCCAUCAUUUUCAUUGUUGUGAUGGAUUCCACACUCCAAACGCCCAUGUGCAUUUUCUUAGGAAAUUUGUCCUUCCUGGAGCUCUGGCACACCACAGUCACAGUGCCUAACUUGUUGGCCACCUGCCUCUCACAGGUUGUCACCAUCUCUGUUGCUGGUUGCAUAACUUAGUACUACUUCUUUUUCUCUAUGGGAGCUACAGAGUGCAUUCUGCUGGCAGUGAUGGCCUAUGACUGGUACCUGGCCAUUUGCAGUCCUCUACACUGCUCACUCCUCAUGAGUAUUCGAGUGUGCCUGUGGUUUUCAGCUGGAUCUUGGAUUGGGGGCUUCAUUGCCCCUAUCUUAUCUACCAUAGUCAUUUCUCAUCAAAACUUUUGUGGCCCUCAGAAGAUCAACCAUUUCUUUUGUGACUCAGAUCCCAUUUAUAAACUCUCCUGCUCAGAUACAUAUCUGGCAGAGUCCUUGAGCUACACAUGUAGCUCUAUCGUGAUUCUAAGUUCUUUCCUUCUCACCAUGUCGUCCUACGUCCACGUUGUGGUCACAAUAACGAGACUGUCUUCCCGGGAGGCUUGGAAGAAAACUUUCUCCACCUGCACCUCCCACCUCACUGUGGUCACCAUCUAUUACGGCACCAUUAUCUUUGCCUAUGUCCGUCCUCCAGCCAAGUACAACUUCACCAUUGGUAAAGUGGUCUCAGUGUUCUACUGUGUGGUCACCCCACUGGUGAACCCUCUCAUAUACACCCUGAGAAACAAAGAUGUGAAGAAAGCAUUUAGGAAGGUUCUAGCACAAAAGAGAUGGCUGUUGACCAGAAACAUGCGGGCGAUUUGA